UCUUGGAUCUGUAUGAUGGGUCCUAUUUCUAUUGUGACUUGUGCCGUAAGAACAUGAACAUGCCCGCAUGUCUAGAUCAAUAUGAUACUAUCAUCACGAUGCUCUGAAGGACUUUGUGUAGCUGGCUCGUGGUGCAUACAAUGUAUUUACUUACGAUGGGGGUAUCAAUCGGUGAUGUAGUUGUAGUUGUAGUUAUAAUUACACCGGCCUACCAUGACGAAAUCCGCGAAGAAGCCCAAGUCUAUCGUAGGGGGAUCAGAUUUCCCUGAGCGCCGUUUCCCAGUCCAGAAGUUACAGGUAGUUAACAUGAACGCCUUUCCCUUUCCCCUUGCUCCGAAUACUUUUUUGGGUGCUCGCUGCCCCCCUUUCCUUCGCUUCCCCCGCUCGUUGGUUCACGAAGCGUUCCGUUACGUUGCCAUUAUAACCUCCGCUCCCUCCUUAGUUGUUAGUUGGUUGGUUGGAUGGUUAGAUAUUUAUUCCCACUUCGACCAGCCUAUGCCCGGAUUCUAUGCGUGUCCUGUUCCUGCGCCUGCCUAUAUAAGUAUGUAUGUGCAUAUCCCGUAUCCGCCUACGCAGCCAUAUAUGUCCCUUUGCCCAGCUACGGCGUGUUUAUUGUUGAUGUUGAAGUUAUCCGACAGAGGGCCCUAAAUAAGUAGUAUUGGCUUUAAUACCUAGUAUAUGCCAAUUCGGGUGGCCCAGCCUGCGUCUUUUUGGUUCACGUUGAUUUGGUAGGGGAAGGGGUUGGCCUCGCUGGUGGUUAUGGGUGGGAUGUGGUCUUUGUGGGUGUUGACGCUGGUUACGA